UCCAAUAUCAAUUCGGAGUCUGGCCGGGCCUCCUGCCGACUCUUAAAUGUCUCUCUGUUGAAGGCUAAAGUCAAGGUUGUUUAUAUAUAAAAUAGAAGAAGAUUAAGUGUAUAUUAAUACGAUGCUGCUGAAAAAUAUUAUUUAUAGUGCCAAGAUGCAUACUAAAGCGAGAUGGUUUACUCAUAGCAGUAUUUUACAAGAAACUAAUAAAACAGAUAAAAUUUCUGAGCAAAAAACCAAUAAAAAAAUAAAGGAAAUUGAUAGUGUUUUGGGAUCGCGCAUGCAUCGUGUGACUAAUUUUGAUAAGAGAGUGCUGGUUUGGGUAAAACGAUAUCCAAGUAUUGCAGAUGUUCCUGUAGAUGUUACAGUGGAAUGUUUACUUGCUGCAAGGAGUAAAGCACGAAUUAAGGCCUGUAAUUACAUGAUUGUGGCUACCUUAAUAGGUUGUAUAGGUGCUGUAAUACUUGGAAAAAGACAAGCUGCAAGAGGAGAAACUUUAACUAAACAAAGAGAAGAUUGGUUUAAGGAAAUGUUAGCAGAAGAAAAAAAAGAAUAAAUUUAUAAA